AUGAAAUGCGCCAAUGCUGUCGGGGAGUAUCAGCUGGGUGAUUGGCUCUCCCUGUCUGUCUUCUACACUGUCUUGGCAUACUUUCAUCCACUUGUAGCGGCAAUUCAGAAAAGAGUAGACAGAUCCGUGAUCUUUGACAGGAACUGGUCGGAUUAUAAGAAUGGUUUUGGUUCACCGGAACAGAAGGUUUGGAUUGGAGACAGCAUGCGAAGCGUUCAUGGCCUUAUGUCAUUCUCCGCCCCAGACAGAGAUAAUGACAGACUUGGUGGUAACUGUGCUGCCCAGAGUAACAUUACAGGAGAGUGGUGGUUUCACCAUUGUCACGUCGCCUUCCUUAAUGGUCACUGA